UGGAUAUGACUGUUCUGGCCAAAAACACUCCCUCAGUGCAGAAAUCCAUGCUCACAGCAGUGAAGAAAAUCAGUGAAGAUAUGUCUCCUGUUUACAGCACUAGUUACCAUCGAUAAAUGACCAAUGUGGACAGACAGAUGGAUUGGAAAUAGGGCGGAAGGAUUACAUUGUACUACACCAGAGAAUACAGAGAGGAUAGACACUGCAGAUAGAUCCUGACUGUCACCCAUGGAACAACUGCACAACUGUUGGAAGACAUCCAGUCCCUUCACAGCAUUGCUCAACAUGGAGAAGUUUGGGCAGUUAAAAUUAUCAUCUGGAAAUUGGUUGGGUCUGGGGAACUUGACAUAUCAUCAGAUCUGAAACUGGUCAGUGGUGUGCAGCCUUCCAUCAGAACCAACCUUUCUGAAGGUUUGGCUGUGGGUGAUUGGUCAGGGUGAGGCUGGGAAGAAGUGUGAGUGGCUCCAAGUAUGGUGACAGCUACAUUCAUUCAGCUAGCUUCAUGAACCACUGACUCAUUCCUACAAUGGAGGGACUGUUCAAGUGUGAGGUGUGUGAGGAAAACUCUACAGGGUCAUAAGAUCUCUUGAACCAUAAGGCGUACCUUCUGUAAGAUCUGCAACACACAUGCAGCAUUAUGGAAAAGAAACCCUUCAAGUGUGAGGCUUGUCAUAAAGCUUUUGUGACAUCUUCCACCCUCCUGAGACACCAGAGAAAGCACACAGGGGAGAAAGCGUUUAUGUGUGAGGUUUGUGACACAGCUUUCACCCAGGCUUCCAAUCUCCUGACACAUCAUAGGAUUCAUACAGGGGGGAAACCAUUCACAUGUGAGGUAUGUUGCAAAUCAUUCUCACAGUCAUCAAGUCUUCAUAGACACCAGCGCAUUCACACAGGCGAGAAACCAUUUAUGUGUGAGUUGUGUGACAAAUCAUUCUCACAGUCAUCAACUCUCUAUGCACACAAGUGCACUCACACUGGGGGGAAACCAUUCAAAUGUAAUACGUGUGACAAAGCCUUCACAAAAUUUUCAAAACUCUUGGUCCAUCAGCCUGUCCAUACAGAGUACAAACCAUUCAAGUGCGAUGUAUGUGACAAGUCAUUCUCGUGGACAUCAGCCCUCCGCGUACACCAACGCAUUCAUACUGGGGAGAAACCAUUCAAGUGCGAGAUGUGCAAUAAAUCAUUCUCGGAGUCAGCCACCCUUCGCAUACAUCAACGUACUCACACAGGGGAGAAGCCAUUCACAUGCAACGUGUGCGAGAAAUCAUUCUCUGGGUCAUCAAAUCUCCGCAGACACAAAUGCAUUCACACAGGGGAGAAACCAUUCAAGUGCAGUGUCUGUGAAAAAUCAUUCUCACGGUCAUCGAUCCUUCUUCUUCACCAACGCAUUCACACAGGGGAGAAGCCAUUUACUUGUGAGGUGUGUGACAAAUCAUUCUCAUACUCAUCAAACCUCAGUGAACACAGACGCAUUCACACAGGGAAGAAGCCAUUCAUCUGCAAAGUGUGCAACAAAUCAUUCUGUAAGUUAACAAGCCUCCAUGUACAUCAACGUGUUCACACAGGGGAGAAACCAUUCACUUGCAAGGUAUGUGACAAAUCAUUCUCCUACUCAUCAACCCUCAGUGCACACCAACGCAUUCACACAGGGGAGAAGCUGUACACCUGUGAGGUCUGUGACAAAGCCUUCACACAGUUAUCUAGCCUCCUGGUCCAUCAAAGAAUCCACUUAGGGGAGAAACCCUUCAAAUGUGAGGUUUGUGGUAAAGCUUUCACAACAUCUACAAAGCUUCUGACACACCAAAGCGUUCACACAGGAGAGAAACCUUUCAGUUGUGAGGUCUGUAAGAAAGCUUUCACCCAAUCCUGCGAUCUCCUGACACACCAGAGGAUUCACACAGGGGAGAAGCCAUUUAUAUGCAACGUGUGCAACAAAUCAUUCUCGCGAUCAUCCAACCUCAGCGCACAUCAAAGGAUUCACACAGGGGCAAAACCAUUCACGUGCAAUUUGUGCGACAAAUCAUUCUCACAGUUAACAAACCUCCGUGUACACCAACGCAUUCACACAGGGGAGAAACCAUUUAAAUGCGAGGUGUGUGAUAAGUCAUUCUCCUACAUAACAAUCUUCCGUGCACACCAACGCAUUCACACAGGGGAGAAGCUAUACAUGUGUGAGGUGUGUGACAAAGCCUUCACACAGUUAUCGAGCCUCCUUGUCCAUCAGACAAUCCACACAGGUGAAAAACCCUUCAAAUGUGAGAUGUGUGAUAAAGCUUUUCCAACAUCUACGAAGUUCCUGAGACACCAGAGUGUUCACACUGGGGAGAAACCCUUUAGGUGUGAUGUAUGUGAGGCAGCUUUCAGCCACUCCUGUGAUCUUGUCAUGCACCAAAGGAUUCACACAGGUGAGAAACCCUUCAAAUGUGAGGUGUGUGACAGAGCCUUCACACAGUCAUCAGCUCUUAUGCAGCAUCAACGUAUUCACACUGGGGAAAAGCCAUUCAAGUGUAAAGUAUGCAACAAAUCAUUCUCACGAUCGUCAACUCUCCGUGUGCACCAACGCACUCACACAGGGGAGAAACCAUAUGUGUGUGAUGUAUGUGACCAAUCAUUCUCGCAGUCAUCAAACCUUCGGGUACACCAACGCAUUCACACAGGGGAGAGACUGUUCAAUUGUGUGUUGUGUAAGAAAUCAUUUUCACGGUCAUCGACCCUCCGUGAACACCAGCGUGUUCACAGAUGAUACCUGUGACAAAGCCUACAGGCACUUGUUUGACGCUGCUGGUCCAUCAAAGGAUCCAUACUGAGGAGAAACCAUUCACCUGUGGGAGGAGUUUAGUAUAGUUAUUGGGCUUGUUAUAUCAUUGCCGUAUUCACACAGGAGAGGAGCCAUUCAAACAUGAGUGAGCCUUCACACAGUCAGCAAUGCUGAUGAAACAGUGAUGCAUCCAAACUGAGGAGAAUCUGUUUAAGUCAUAGGCUCUGACAAAUAUUUCACAAGCUCAACAUGUGUUUUAAUACAUAAGAUGAUUCAGACAAGGGUGUAAGUGUUCAAAUGUGAAGUAUGUGACUGAGACUUUCGACUCUGAGUGAACAUGUUCAUACAUGUAAACCAGACACAUCCAUGUUUAGGAAAAAGUAUUUUCAGUGUGAGACAUGUAAUAAGGGCUUUUCACAAUCAUCGUGCUGGUGAAACCACUGUACUUUCAUAUAGGUGAGAAACCAUUCAGGUGUGAGGUGUAUGACAAGAUUUUCAGCGAGUCUCCAACUCCAUCAGAGCACUUUCAAAUGGAAACUCCUAUCUGUGUGAGUUUUGUAAUAAAGCAUUCGCUCAGUUGCCAGACCUCCUGGAACAUCAGGGAAUCAACAGAGAGAGCAAAUUCUUUCUUUCUGGCACAUGCCAAGGUUGUUUCACCUCUGCCUCCCCUUAACAUUGAAAGCUGGGUCAUCUGUUUCUGUUGCACUGAGUGUUGUCUGUGUCAUUUACCCUCCAGUGGUCACACAGGUAACCCGUCUGUCUCAGCAGGGUCUGUAUCAAACCUCUCCCACUAUCAGGCCAAUCAUUUCAAGAAGGUCAAUUUAACCUUUGAUUACCAAACAUUCUUAAAAGAAGACAUAAAUAUGUAUAGAAGCUCCUGUAUAAACUGUGCAUCCUUUCAGUGUCACAUCAGGUGCAAGUUACUCCUUACAAAUGUCCAAAAUAUAAUAAAUCUGGAAAUAACUACCAUGGCCCCAAGUGUAAAUCCCUCACCUCUCUUUCAGUAAAAUAAUCUGAAUCUUCUUCUGAUCUUUAAUGAUGAAAUUAUCAAACUUAUUGUCAGCCAGACUCCAGCUCAGUCACAUGACCCUUCAUUUAUCUCAAUUUACAGAUAUUGUUCCAAAGUAUAACUCCUAUAAACCAAAAGAUUUAAUCAUUCUUAAAACUUCAUAAAUUUCACACCAUAAAAAUAUUGAAUUAUGGUGUUUUGAUAGGAAAAGCCUGGGAGGUUAUUCAGCACUUUCUGGUGGAAUUUUCUGGGAAAAAAAUUACCUAUGAUUGAUGGUAAAGGUCAAUGAUGUUUAAUCAGGAUUUUGAAAACCCAGCAGAGAUCUCAUUAAUGGAGGAAUUUUGGAAUAUUAUUUGUUUCGGAAUCAAGUUCCCUAUGGGGUACUAUAAAGUUUCUAAAAUAGAGAAAGCAGCUGUUUUAGCUGAUAGUUAGAACUUAACCCACAAAACCCCUUGGUUAAUAGAUAAAAAAAAUCACACAUGACUUUGAUGACCAGUUGUGUGUACACUUCUGGAUAUAAAAAGAAAAGAAAAAAAAAUCCAUAAGCCUCUCAAUGUCAGUAAAAGUUUGAACUCACCAUGGGAGCUGGAUAAAGACAUGAUAAUAAACAAAACGCUAAUACAAUGCAGGGAGAUAAGAGUGAUUCAAAGAUACCAUAUGCUCUUAUUGUCAUACAGCAGAACACUAGAAAUUAAAAUCAAAUUUGAAAUUGUUGGUGAAAUUUUCUGUUGUUUUCAAGAAAAUGCUGUGUCAGUAGGAGGAGCUGAUGACCUAUAAAAUGUCAAGCAAUUUCAGUGGGUAUAAAUCAAAGCUUAAAAUACUCUGAAGGUUUCAUAUUUUAGGGUGAAGGAACUCUAGUUUUGUCUGAUAGAUGACCCAAAAGUUUGAUAUUAGCAAAGGCUGUGAAUCUUCCUCCAAAAAAUUCACUUAACGAAUACAGUAUGGGUACCGGGCAUUGAUGGAAACUGUUUACCUGUUUUAUUGUAUCGAGUGAAUUUAAGUGGUGCUUUACUCAGUAGGUCUGUUAUUAUUGGAGUAGUCUCCGCAUUUCUUUAAUCAUGAUGUCAAUUUUAUUGUCGUAAAUGAUCUUGUGAGGAAUAAAGUAUUGUCAUCUCCUGAGAAGGGAGACAACUUAUUUGAAAUUGCCAAUGUACUCAAAGAAUCUGGGACUAAUUGUAAUUCUGCUGUGGAAAGAACUGCUCCUGCUAAAGAUAUGUCCAAAGAGGUAUAUUGGAAACAAAAAGACUUGUUUGUGGUGAAUACUGUUAUUUUGAAACAAUAAUGGCACAUUAAAGUUCAGAAAAGCAAACUGAGACUUUAGAAGGAGAAUCAUUAAAUCCCGUGUUUAAGCAUAAAUGUUUGUUUUCUAAAACUGUCUUCUGUGAUCUGAACCUUAAAUAUUCUACAGCCUGAAAGAAACGUCUCAGUGUUAUAUUUUCUGAGCAAGCUAUGUCCGCCAAAAUUUAACAGACAAAUGCACAAUUAGUGACCUGUCAGUGAGUUUCACAGCUGGAUUGCAGAUGGUGUGAACAUUCCACACCUGGUCUUUUUCCUCUUCAAGAAUUAAAAUCCAGAGGCCACAAUAUUUUUAUACAGAAAAUAAAUUUCUACAGAUAUGCUUGUUUUAUCUUUUACCUGGUAUAUAAGCAUCUAUAUUUCCGAGCUGUUUAGAGGGAUAAACAUUUAUACUUCCAUUUUUAUGACUAUGGUAACUAGUUUUGCAUCCUCAUUGAAUACUUUUUUUAUAAUAAACUAUUAAUUUUGUAUUUAUUAAAGAAACAUGAGGCUCAAUUUGUUUUCAGAGUGCCUCAAUGAGGGGCUUCUGGGUGAGUUCAAGGGAGGAUCAGGGUUUUGGUUCAUCCUAAAUUUCCACCGGAUUGGCCUGACAUUUUCUGGGAAUAGAGAAUUGGCGAUGGGAAGGGAGGAAGGAGACCUGCAUUUUUCAGCACCAUGGAUGAGUUGACCCAAAAAGCCUGUUUUCGUGCUGCAUGUCUCGCUAUAUAUUUAAUUGAUCAAUUCAGUAACGCAGAAUGUCUUUUUCAUGCUAUGACCUGUGGAGGUGUGGCAUGAGAGCAAAGGUGCACUCCUUCCACUUGUGUUGUCACAGGAGAAAAGUAAGGAAAUUAUGGUCCAUUUGCAUAAAACAAAAUGGUUUGGCCUCACCUGGAAUAUUGCUUCCAUUUCUGGACACCAUACUCUAGGGAGGAUGUGGAGGCAUAUGAGAUGGUGCAGAAAAAAAAUCACAAGGAAGCUUCCAGGGAUGAGAAAUCCCAGUUGCAGAGAUAGAUUUGAGAAGUUGGGACAGUAAAAGUUGUGGGGCGAUUUGAUAGAGGUGUUUAAAAUUGUGAGGACCUUGGACAGAGUAGAAGGGAGAAACUGUUAUCUUGUGUCACCAUUCCUUCUUUGUCAAUUACCUUAAAAGUCUAUCCUGUGCUUGUCAAUCCCACUCCUUGAAAGUGGUCAGGACAACCAGAUUUUUUUAAUCUUGGAAAUUAUGUCGGAAGAAUUGUACCACAUUGCUGAAUUUGAUAUCCAGAUUAAGAUGUAUUAUAAUCGCUUGUGAUGUUUUUUGAAAGUUUUCCUCUUACACUAUUUAUAAUCCAAUGUUCCAUCUGUUAAAAAAGAUUUUUCAUUGUCCUUUACAGGUGAAUUUUUAAGCUCAGUCUUUAAAAUAAUCUAUAUUCAUUUCAGUUUUCCAUGCUUAUUGGCCUCCAUGUCUAUAGUUUUUUUUCAUUUCUAAACUCUACAAAAUAUGUCUCUGUUAAAUCCAGAGAUAAACUGUCUUCUUCUUUAUCUGUUGCUACAUCCUCAUUUCUAAGUUCAAUGUCCAAACUCAAACUCUUAAAUUCUGUUUGAGACAAUAAACUUCGACCUCAAAAUAUUAACUCUGUUUCACUCUCCACAAAUGUGAGACCUUGAGUUUCACCAUCUGUUUCCAUUUAAAUUAAAUAUGGCUUCCUUUCAUGCCAACAAACUAUUCCUUCUCAAAUCAAGAUUUGGAGAUGCCGGUGUUGGACUGGGGUGGACAAAGUUCAAAAUCACACAA